UUUAAAAAUAAAAUGUUUAUAUUUAUGAAGUAUCAGAAAAAUCGUAUUCAACCAUAUUAUUAGUUAGCUAGAUGUAAUAUCAUAGUCUAUAGAAGAAAAACUUUAUAGACUAUGCUAAAAUGGUUGAGUAGUUUCAAUUUUUUAUACAUAAAAUACAUGGUAUAUAUAAAUUUUUGGCUUUUGAUUUUCCAAGAAAAGUUUCAAUUUAAAGUUCCUAUUAAGAGGUAAAUUCUAAAAAUUUUAUUGUUCUGUUUGUCUUCCACAAUUGUUCUAAGAUUGGGCAUGUACGUCCAUAGAUUGGGCAGUCCAGUCUUAAGACUGGCCACCCAUUUGUCACUGUUGGAAGAUUGGCCUGGCCAGUCUUAAGACGGGGCGCGUUCCAAGAUUGGGCAGAACAGAACCAUAGAUAGAAAAGAAGUGGUUUUAAAUUAGAAGAGAAGUUGAGCCAUAGGAGGGGCCAUCAUAGUAACCAGAGUUAGAGAAAUGACUACUAUUGUUGCACGAUCUGUUCUUCAACAGUGUAUGUCAGCAAAAUUGAUGGUUCAGCCAAAAAAUGAACAAAGCGAUGCUGAAUAUGUACAGAUUACCAGAGGGGUGGUUAUCUUUAUAUGUUUUAUGAAAGGAGCCAGCUUGCAAGCCAUCCCUAAGAUUGUGAAAGCCUUACUUGAAGUUAAAUUGAGUUUUUGUGAAGAGCGGAAAAAAAGAUUUUCAAUUUUAGAACUGCCAGGUGAUGUUUUAAUUGUACCACAGGCAACACUAGGUGGAAAAAUGAAAGGAAAAGUGAUACAAUACCAUGGAAAUAUUGAUAAAGACGUUGGACAAGAACUAUAUCGUUCAUUUGUACAGCAAGUUAGGGAAGUCUUUGAAGCUAACAAAUCUGUGGUACCCAGUGAAUGUAUCGUUCAAAGUGGUACCUAUGGCAACUUGCAAGUACUAAGUGUGGAAACAAAUGGUCCAUAUACACAUGUUAUAGAAUUUUAAUGUGCAUGUAAUGUGAAAUUCAAAUGUUUCCGACAACUAGAAGUUGGGAAGAGGCAAUAUUAUGAUACAGUGCUUUGAGAAGCAUCCAAUCCCUAGCUAUCGAUUGGUGCAAUCCGAUGCCUAAUAGACAAAUAUGAACCAACAGAAAAUGCAAUAGCAAUGAUAGCAAUGUUGCAGCACAUAUUUUGGCAACAUAAUGCAAAUUUGUCUAAUGUUUUUUUUUUUGUUAUUGUAAUUUUGCUUUUACAUAUUGCAAAGUUGUGAAAAAAGGACU